AUGCCAGGGAGCGUGCUGCAUUUGCAGGAGGGUUCUGGUCACAUCAGCUACAUGCUGCGAGAUGCUGAUGCCAUCUUGAUGGAUCUCCUGCAUGAGGAAAGUGUGGAGAGUGAGGAGUUUAUUCGAUAG